UUCAAAGUGCGAGAACAUUUAUUUUUAUUUUUUUUUAUUUUUAAAAUAGUUAAUUUUUUUUAAAUUGAAAUAUGGUUGAAGAAAAUGAAAAACACUUGCAAGCGUUAAUAAAACAAAAUGGAAAUAAUCGAUGCGCUGAUUGUGAAAGUAAACAUGUGGAAUGGGCUUCUUAUAACAUUGGAAUAUUCUUAUGUACUCGAUGUGCUGCUAUACAUCGUGGCAUGGGUGCUCAUAUAUCUAAAGUGAAACAUUUAAAAUUGGAUAAAUGGGAAGAUAGUCAAUUAGAACGGAUGAAAGAAGUUGGCAAUCAAAAAGCAAAACAAAGAUAUGAAUAUCGUGUUCCGCCAUGUUAUAGAAGACCGUGUGAAGAUGAUCCACAGGUGUUAAUUGAACAAUGGAUUCGAGCAAAAUAUGAAAGAUUAGAAUUUACGAGAACAGGAAGACCAAGCUACAUAUCUGGUCAUAUGGAAGGUUUCCUAAUGAAACGCGGAAAAGAAGAUCCACGGUAUCAGCCAAGAAAAUUUGUAUUAUCUGAAACUGAUGACACUAUUCGUUAUUACGUUAAAGAAAGUAAAGAACCAAAAGCAAUUUUAAAAAUUAGUGAUUUAAAUGUAGCAUUUUCACCGCGUAAAAUUGGUCAUCAAAAUUCAAUGCAAUUAACAUUUAUGAAAGAUGGUUCAACACGACAUAUUUAUGUUUAUCAUGAAGAUCCAGAAACAAUUAUAAAUUGGUAUAACGCAAUAAGAUGUGCCAAAUUACAUCGUUUACAAGUCGCUUUUCCUAGUAUUGCAAGCGAUACCGAACUUGUAAGUCGUUUAACACGUGAUUUCGCAAAAGAAGGAUGGUUAUUGAAAACUGGACCGAGACAAAGUGAUGGUUAUAAAAGACGAUGGUUUACGUUAGAUAAUCGAAAAUUAAUGUAUCAUGAUGAACCGUUAGAUGCUUAUCCUAAGGGUGAAAUAUUUUUGGGCUAUAAUUUAGAAGGCUACAGUGUUCGAGUCGGUGCACCAAGUGGUGCAACUAAAGAUCAAGGUUACAGUUUUACAUUGUUUACACCAGAUCGAGCUUAUAAUUUGUCAGCAUAUACAGAUACAGAAAGGGAUGACUGGAUUAAAGUUAUUGAGAAGGUUUUAGAAAGGCCCUUAACACCUCAAGACAGUUCAAUGUCAGCUCGAUUAAUACGAAAGCGAACGGGAACAACAGCUAUCAACAUAUUUGCUGGAAGAUAAUGUAAAACAAUGUAGUUCAAAUUAUUUAAAAUUUAAUAUUUAAAUUUAAAAUAUGUUUAAUCUUUUAUAUUAUUUAUAAAUAUAUUUAUGUAUAUGUAUAUAAAAAACGUAUAUAUAUUAUAUAAAGAAAAAUAUUUGAUUUUUUUUAACUUACAUUAAUCGAAAUAAUAAAAAAGCAGAAAAAAAUACAUACUAAUUUAGUUAAAUUUUAUACACAAUUAAAAUGUAGCGAAUUAUAUACUAUAACUAUUGAAAAUUACAAUAAAUUAUAUUAAUUGCUCAUAAUUAUAUUAAGAUGAAAAAUCAAAUUACUAUAUUAUAUUUACUUACAUAACUAAAUAAAUCAUCACUUCUCCCAUAUGUUUAAUAAAAUAAAAUAAUAUAACAUAA